UUGAAGACUUGAAUUUUAAACAUCUGGUCUGUCAUGAGAGGAAGCAGUUUUGGUUUCUCUCUGUUUGCCUUUAGCUUAGUCUCCUUUUAGAUGUUGUUCAAGAAAUCUGACAAUACUUAUUUGUAUAUCACAGUCUUGGGUUUGCACAGUGACAGGCUAAAAAAAGAACACUGUUUGAAAAUUGCACCUCCAACCUGAGGACAUGACAGGAAGAAGCAUGAAUCAUAAAGCUGCCUUUGAUGGGAUUCCACCCACAUCCUCAUGGCGCUCAAAGUGAGGAGAAUGAAGAGAAAACAACUUGACAUCCAAGCAGGAUAUAGACCAACCACUACACCAGGCUUGAUUUAUCUGUGGACAACCUACCAGAAACGCCUCCCCCACCCCUGCCCGUACAUAGCCAGGAUGGAAAGCUAUGUUGUCAGUAGGAUGGGACCUGACGAAUGCUGGUCUUGAUGAAGAUGUUGCUCGGAUCCGUAUUUAAUUCCAUGUGGGAAUACUUGCCAUGCAAUGAGGCUUUGAGAUUUUUGACAGCUUUGCUAUCGGAACAUCUGGCACCUUGGGUUUGAUCGUUUCUUUCGUGCAAGUGGAUAUAAACUAGUACGUCCGCUCUUAGCGUGACUAGCGUGAAGAGGAUUGAACAUGCCCUUCCAACAGCCAAACCGCCUGCGCGGUGUGUGGAGGGCCAUGUGUCCGCGGCUAGGUCUCAGCGCUAGCCUGGAUCUGUCAUUCUUGUGUUGGAUAUUAGGCUUGGCCCUGCACUCACAGCUGGCAGCCUCGCAAAAACUGGAUGAAACAGACCCCAUUGUCACUACAACUUACGGCAAACUGCGGGGAUUCAAAAAGGAACUCAACAAUGAGAUUCUGGGGCCUGUCAUCCAGUUCCUCGGGGUCCCCUACGCAGCACCUCCUACAGGCGAAAGGCGCUUCCAACCGCCUGAGCCACCUCUUUCAUGGUCAGAUAUCCGUAACGCAACUCAGUUUGGCCCCGUUUGUCCCCAAACCCUACUGGAGGGCAGGCUACCGGACGUAAUGCUCCCAGUUUGGUUCACCAACAGUAUUGAAGUGGUGUCAUCCUACGUACAGGACCAGAGCGAGGACUGCUUAUUCUUAAACAUAUACGUGCCAACGGAGGAUGUAAAAAGAAUAUCCAAGGAAUGUGCCAGAAAACCCGGCAAGAAAAUUUGUAGAAAAGGAGGUCCUCUUUCAAAGAAACAGAAUGAUGAUUUAGCUGAUAAUGACGGUGCUGAGGAUGAAGACAUUCGUGAAAGCGGGAGCCCCAAACCGGUGAUGGUUUUCAUUCACGGAGGAUCAUAUAUGGAAGGAACAGCAAAUAUGUUCGAUGGAAGCAUCUUGGCCAGUUACGGCAACGUCAUCGUCAUAACCGUAAACUAUCGGCUUGGUGUGCUCGGUUUUUUGAGCACAGGAGACCAGGCAGCCAAGGGAAACUAUGGACUUCUUGAUCAAAUCCAGGCCCUGCGCUGGACGAGUGAAAACAUUGCAUUCUUUGGGGGUGACCCUUUACGCAUUACUGUUUUUGGGUCUGGUGCUGGAGCCUCAUGUGUCAACCUGCUGACUCUUUCCCAUUAUUCUGAAGGUCUUUUCCAAAGGGCCAUAGCCCAAAGUGGCACAGCCUUGUCAAGCUGGGCUGUCAGCUUUCAGCCGGCCAAGUAUGCCCGCAUGCUGGCUAAAAAGGUGGGGUGCAACCUCAAAGAUACAGUGGAGAUGGUAGAAUGCCUACAGAAAAAACACUACAAAGAACUAAUGGAGCAGGACAUCCAGCCUGCUCGUUACCACAUAGCCUUUGGACCUGUCAUUGAUGGUGAUGUGAUCCCCGACGACCCUCAGAUCCUUAUGGAACAAGGGGAAUUCCUCAACUACGACAUCAUGCUGGGCGUCAACCAAGGCGAGGGGCUAAAGUUUGUGGAACUCAUUGUAGACAAUGAGAAUGGAGUUCAAUCCAACGAUUUUGACUAUGCCGUGUCAAGUUUUGUGGAUGAUUUAUAUGGUUACCCCGAGGGGAAGGACAUCUUGCGGGAGACCAUUAAGUUUAUGUACACUGACUGGGCUGACCGCCACAACCCGGAGACCAGAAGAAAGACCCUGCUGGCACUCUUCACAGAUCAUCAGUGGGUGGCACCAGCAGUGGCAACAGCAGACCUUCACUCCAGCUUUGGCUCGCCUACUUAUUUCUAUGCCUUUUACCAUCACUGCCAGAUGGAGCAGGUGCCACCCUGGGCUGAUGCGGCACAUGGUGAUGAGAUCCCAUAUGUGUUUGGGCUGCCCAUGAUUGGUCCAACUGAGCUUUUCCCUUGCAACUUUUCCAAAAAUGAUGUGAUGCUUAGUGCAGUGGUAAUGACCUACUGGACCAAUUUUGCCAAGACUGGUGACCCCAACCAGCCAGUUCCACAAGACACAAAGUUCAUCCACACCAAGCCCAACCGUUUUGAGGAAGUGGCCUGGACGCGUUAUAACCAAAAGGACCAGCUAUACUUGCACAUCGGCUUGAAGCCACGUGUCAAGGAACAUUACCGUGCCAAUAAGGUCAACUUAUGGCUGGAGCUGGUGCCUCAUCUCCACAGCCUCAAUGAGGUCACCCAGAUCAUUUCCACUACCACUAAGUUGCCUCCACCCGAGGUCACUCCCCGUACACCAAAGAAGAUCCCAGUCAACACCAAGAGGCCCUAUCCUACACCGUUUCCGACUGAAACACUGAACCAGAAUCAGAACCAACCCUUCCUAGAGAAUCAGAGGGACUACUCCACUGAACUAAGCGUCACCAUCGCCGUUGGUGCCUCGCUGCUCUUCCUAAACAUAUUGGCAUUUGCCGCACUCUACUACAAGAAGGAUAAACGAAGGCACGAUGUCCACCGGCGUUGCAGCCCACAGAGGACCACAGCCAAUGAGCUGCCCCAUACACAAGAAGAGGAGAUCAUGUCUCUACAAAUGAAACACAGCGACUUGGAGCGCGAGUGCCGGGAGGCCAUGCACCCAAAUGAGAUGGUCAUGAGAACUACCUGCCCGCCCGAUUACACACUCGCCAUGCGCCGUUCACCGGACGACAUCCCUCUCAUGACCCCGAACACCAUCACAAUGAUACCCAAUAGCAUGCCAGGCCUCACCUCCUUACACCCCUUUAACAGUUACCCCAGUGGACAGAAUAACACCCUGCCCCAUCCACACCCUCAUUCACACUCCACCACUAGAGUAUAGCCACACACACAUGUUCUCACACACAAACAUACACAGACAUAUACACUCCCACUGAUGUGGAGUAUCAGUGUGACAAUGAAAAGAGGAGAUGACACUGGGUUGAGGAAUAUCUUUACUCCCAGUGCUCAGAGGAACAGGAAAUAACAAUGCUGAUUUUUGUUCCUUGAGAGCAACACCAUCAAUUUAUAUUAGAAAAAUGAUAAACAAAAAGACAAAAAAAAACUCUUUCUGAUGUAAUGAAAAACAAACAGAGAUGAUUUUUUUACACUUAUAUUGUGACAAAACCAGGGCCAUUUCCUGGGAACAUCUAUCAGUCUGGGAUUCUUUGAGGAAUGGUUUGAUUCAGUUACCCGAAGAGGAAAAAAAGGAAGAACAGAUGAGAUGAUGUGUGGGAGGCCCUUUGUAAACAAAAGGAAACAUAUUGUUUUCCCGGGGCACUGGAUUGUAGAUUACUCUCUUCAGAGCAGACUGGAGAUGCUGUUUACCUAAUUUAGGCAUAUGUUCUACUUCUGGUGGAGAAUGCGGAAUACUACAGGAAAAUGAAGAGAACGAAAAAUCCUCAAGAAUAUGCACAAUAGAGACAUUCAUUGAAUGUCUUUGAAUUCUUUAUGUCAUUUUAUUUUUUGGGGGAACAAUUUUAUUGUAUAGGACAUAUUUACAUAUCUAGAUGUGCACACAAAGCACCCGUGCUCUUUAAGCCCUAGCUGAGGCAUUGAUACUGAGGAAUCUGCCUCAAGAGCAUAGUGGGGAAUUUAUUGGCUUCCUGGCAGAUACAGUUACAUCACAAGUGCUGUCUAUACUGAAACUGGCUGACUCAAAGGGAGGCUGGAUUUUUUUAGCACGACGCGCAUGACGAUUUAUCUGCUUGGUGGCUGUUCUGCUGAUUAAUUCAUUAUUUAAAACAACAACAAAAAUCAUUUUCUUCCCCAUUUGGAUUUGUUUAAGGAAAUACUGAUCUGAUUGGCUCAUGGGAGGAAUUGGAAUAUGCUGACAAGGGCGGACACGUUGGGUUCUAAAUAUGUUUAUGGGAAGGGGUGGGGAUAUGCUAACUAGAUUGCGUUCACAAAUAGCUUGAGUGAACCUGGUUAUAAAGACUAGUUUUGUACAUGUGUGUUGUUAAAAAAUUUUAAUAUUGGUGAAUCACUUGUUGUUUGAGCCCCCAUGUGUGGGACAUUAUUGUACUUUUUGAUUUGGUCAUUGGUCUCAGUUAUAAAACAUUGUUUUAUUGGAUUUAUUUUUUUUUAUUUUUUUUGUUAAUUUUUGCUAAUAGUCAAACCACCCUACCUUAGAAAAGUUCUUACCUGUAAUGUUUGAUUCUCAUUUCUUUGUUUUCGGUGCUUUAUGAGGCAGACCCCCCACACAGCUUUGAACAACCAGUUGACAACGCAUAUUUUGUACGACUUGGAGACUUGCGUUGGUAUCCUCUCAUCCAGAACUUUCUGAUUCUCCUGAAUGAUCAUCACGAAUGAAUCCCACACUGGAGACAGGAGGGCCCCUGAUGAAAGAGUGUAUUGGGGGCUUCUGAAGUUACGAAGCCCUUGAUCAUACCACUUAAAGCUAGCUAUAGAAAGAGAAAGACAAAUGGACAAAGUGAAAGAGAACAUUUUGUCAUUUCUUACCCAGAGAUAAGUGCUCAAAGUCAGUAGCCUCACUGCUAAAAGCCAGUUUCACCUGCAAAUCUCUCAGUAAUUGCUGGUUUUAUCCAUCCUCGAUUGUUUUACUUUUUUCAUCCUACAUGCUAAUGAUCGACACAGUGAAUCUCAGGCUAAAGUCUAGAGGACCCCUGAUGAGACAGUUCAUUACUGGGCCUACUGAUCUGAAGAGGCCAUUGAAGUUAGCUAGAGGAAGAGAAUCGAGAAACGAUAAUGAUUAAUUUUCUCAGAGCCUUGUUGCAUUAUGUACUACAUGGCAAAAAGUUAACUGAUGCCAAUUCUUUGUUCUCUUUCUGUGAGUACUAGUCACUUCAGGGUGACAAUUUAGAUUUCUUGUGAAUCCUUUUUAAAUCCUGGAAAUUUGAUUGAACACAAACACCACAGAAAGGUAAACUUCUACAUAAAGAUCUUUUUUUUUUUCUCAGCGUGUAGCGAACAAUUAUAGAAAAACAGCUAUAGACUGCUAAUGCGGUUCUCCCAGAUCAGAGGUCCUCCUCUUUGCUUUUGUGCGCACUCUUUCGGUCAACAACCCUUAUGCUACUGCUAUUUCCUAAACAAACAGUAAAAGCAACCCUUAAUUUCAUGGUGUUUUUUUUUAUUUUUUUUUACUGUAGCUCUGUGCUUAUGUCCUAGCUAGCCUUAACCAUGCAAUGAUAUAUUGACAUUCAUUUCAAAAAUACUGCUCCACAUAGCUGAACAUUAAAGAUAAAAUAUGUUCUGAUUGGCUGUGAAUGCUUUCAGAUAACAGAAUUACUUGGUUAGGAUAUGGAGUAACGACCAAUGGGAAAGACAUUAGAAGCCAUUUUAUUAGCAGUACUGCCUUUCACAUCUCACGGUAAUUAAACAUUGAGGUAAAACAUAGGCUUUUGGGAGUGUAUACUUGAGACCGUGAAUAGCUAGUGGCGAAGUUCUAAUGAGGGACUAGGAAAGCCAAGGAAGGGAACAAGAUUGAAAGAAUCAUGCUGCUCUCCUCCUGAUCAGCAAACUCUUGACACACAUUGUCCCCAACAACACGUUCCCCUUCAGAACACAAUCUCCUCUGGGCUUUUCCUCUCUGUUCUGCCUUCACCUGUGACAACUCUACUCAGUACAAAAGGGCCAGAAAGAGCAUCGCUGCUCUGUUUGCCAUGUCCCCAUCUGCUGGUAUGCAUAUACAAAGUCAGCUUGCCCAUGUGUCCCCUGCAAAGGAAGCUCCUUUGAACAAUAUUAAAAUUUAUUGAACCAUACAUUGGUGGGGCACUCAGAGGAUUCAUUUUGUGCAUGCACAUGUACCAAGGAGAGAGAUGGGAUUCAUAUGUAAUUGGGAAGAUCUUUACAGCUCAGUUUGUUUCUUCAUACAUAUGCACAUAUACUCACAUGCCAGGAUAAGCCUUGUAACUGAAUGUAAUACAAGACUGAGGGCCAUUUUCUUACAAACAGCAAACUUCAUUAUGUGUUUAUUUUCUACUGGCUGACCUUAAAAGAACUUCAAAAUGGCUGCUGAGAACUACAGAGGGGUGUUGUGAUAUUUGUCAUUUUGUCUUUCUUUCUGGUUAAAUAGGAUCUUCUGGAGCACAAUAAAUGAUUUUAUCAAGCUCAA